AUGCCGAAGAAGAAGCUUGGGGAAUCGCACAUCCUUUACCUGGGCUUCGUUCGCCGCAUGGAGGAGACCCUUGCAGAACUCAACACAGAAAUGGCUCUGGACUCCGAUCUGGUACAGGAGAGAAUGGAUGCUCAGCCCGGAGCUCGUCCCUCCCGAGUUCAAAUGGCCUUGAACAUCGAGAACGCCAGAUUUCAAGUCUACAAAGCAAAGUUUGUCAACGGCGAAGCCAAUCGCAGACGCCUGUUUGCUGAUCUCCGGGACUGUAAUACGAAGCUACGCGAGCUACUCAGUUCGAGCGAAAAGGAUGCAGAGCUCACCAAGCAGCUGGACGCAGCAUUGACAACGUCUUCCAUGGAUGCUUCCCUGUGCAGAUUCUGGCAGACGGCUGCAGCUUUCUUCAGAGCUCUGGCUGCCGCCUGUCGAUGUCAGUGUCCGAGCGACCACGCAGCAAGUCUUUUACUACAGCAUCGGGCGAAUUGCAAGGAGAAGGCAAUCUUUGAGAUUGUCUUCAAGAAGGAUCCAGGAGCCUCGGGGCCGAUGGGAACUGCGAGUCAAGAGGCCUACUAUACGCGCAUAGAAGAGCAUGACGGACAUGAACUUCUAAAGGCAAGUAUGGUGCUGGCUCCAGCUCAGCAGACCAAAAUACCAGCCUACACCAGGCCUACAAAGGCUGCCAGCGCCAAGUUAGCAGUUCGGCCCAAGGGGUCUGUGACCAGUUCACCCCGGCCAAACGUCCGGUUCUCAGUUCCCGCAAUAACGCUACAACUCCCAGCAAAGGACCCGGCCACCGCAAAGAUUGAGCCCAUCAAAAGUCUUUGCCAGUCCCUUUGCGGCUCGCAUACCGACUAUCGCGGCUAUCUCAACCUCCCAGACGAAGACAAGCGGUAUCACGUCUACUCGGUUGCGCAUCAUGUUACCAUGCCAAGAUCAGUGACCCUUGCACAGAUCUUGAAUGGAGAAGUUCGGCCGCCCCUGACCCGCAAAGGAAGUUACACAGUCGCAUUGAUCAUCGCUUCCUCUUUCCUGCAGCUGCUCGACUCACCCUGGCUUCCUAGUGCCACCAGCUCCCGAGCAUUUGACAAGCUAUCUAUCGUCUUCCUUGCAGAUCCCUCUGACCCCAACGUCUUCCUCCUUAACAGGCCUCAGAUAUCGCGAAUGUUCAGAGAGCUGGCCCCCAAGAACAACAGCAGCAGCAUACAACCGAGCAGCGCCCCGCAGCGAUUAGCUGACGUCAGUGUCCCCCUGGCCCGACUGGGCAUCACCCUCCUUGAGCUCUGCUUUCGCUCCCCGCUGGAACGCCAGCACUGGAGGACGCUCUAUGGGCCUGGCGCGAGCGACAAUGAGAGGGAGGGCUUUGACGUGCUGGCGGCCAUUGGCUGGCUGCGUGAAGUUGCAGAUGAGGCGGGGCCAGAUUACGCGGCGGCAGUUUUGUGGUGUCUCGCCAGUCACAAGACUGCACCUGCGGACAGGUGGCGGGAAGACAUGUUGAGGGAGGUGCUAAGACCGCUGCAGAGGUGUGUUGAUUCGUUCAAGCUCGCUGAGUGCGUGUAG